AUGUGGAGUCACAGAGGUACAUUUCGGACUCCUUACCUCUUCCGGUUCCCAAAUUUGGUCCAUUUGAUGUUCCUCCCUUGGAUUAACGACAUUUUCCAGUACUUGGCAUUAGCUAUGGCAAAACGUGCUUUGCUGGUUGAGAAUAGUUCUCAGCAAGUUUCCGGUGUCUUCCCCUUUGGGCCUGAGAUUUUUGAGGAGUUGAAGCUCGAUCUUGAUCAUCCUAAAGUGAAUGGUGAAACCACGGUUUCAAACGCUGUCACAGAAGUAGCUGCGAUAAUGGGAGAGAAUGUGAAAUUCAGGAGAGGUUUCUUGCUGUCUAAAUCCUCAGCAGGCGUCCUUUCUGCAUACCUCCACACAAGUCCCCAACCAGGGUUGGGUCGUAUAGCUGGGAUUGUAUCUCUAGAGGUAGAAGGUGAAAACACUCAGCUAGAGGCUAUUCAGCGUGUAGGCUCAGAACUGGCCAUGCAUGUUGUAGCAGCAAAGCCUCUGUUUUUAAGCAAAGACCUUGUUUCCUCAGAAGCCAUAGCAAACGAACGCGAGAUUCUAAAGUCUCAGGCAGAAAGUACAGCCAAGUCUCAGAUGGCUGUAGAGAAGAUGGUGGAAGGCCGUCUCCGUAAAUACUUUGAAGAAGUUGCUUUAAUGGAGCAAAAGUUCAUUGUCAACGACGCUAUAAACAUCAAGACAUUGGUGGAUAAUUUGUCCAAGGAGGUUGGUUCACCGGUGAAGGUUACAAAUUUUCUGAGAGUCGAGGUUGGGGAAGGAAUCGAAAGGCUUGAAGCAGCAUCUGAUGAACCGGUUGCACAAACUGCUUGA